AUGAUAGGAAAUAUAGUCACGUUGUUGGUUUCUUGGCUAUUACUAACAUUGAUAGGUUUAUUGUACUUGGAAAUAGCCAAGUAUAAAUAAGAAAAGGAUGUUGAAAUAUUUAUUGGUUUCUUGAAUAAGUUUAUAGGAUAAAAUUAUUAUAAUUCCCAUUCAUUUGAUAGAUAAGUAACUAAUUAUUUUCUAAGUAGUUCAAUUCACUUCUUGUGUAACCUUAUCAUGAUUAUUGCAUUCAAUCAGACUUAUAUAAAUAUUACCAUCCAGAUGUAAUUAUGAAGGACGUUUACACAUUUCGCGAGUAUUCAGGUCUAGUUAAGUAAGCUCUUUAGCAACACUAUUUCGAUGUAUUGCCAAAUGUGACACUUCACAAAAGAAACAAAGAAAUUAUUAAACUUUUGAUAUUUAGUACCUUGUAAAUAUAAAUUGCCUUUGUAAUUAACACUGCCAUUCACUUAUUAUGA